AUGGACCCAGAGUCCCAGCACUCUUGGGAGAAGACAACCUUUGCAUUUUCCAUAGCUUGUGGGGUUUGUCCCAGUUUUCAGACCGAAGCCUACCUGUUUCAUCAGCCGCAAUUUGAAGGAGGCACAGUCUUCUGGGUUCUCCGAUGGGCCAUAGAUUACCUUGGGGGCAAUCGGACACGAAAUUUUAUUGGACAGUCCGCCCAGACAUGGCGAAACAAGAUCGCUGCCGGACUAGAGGCACUUGGUCAAGAACCAGAGCUCAGCAGUCGCCACGUUCUAACUUCUACCUGGUCUGAGUUGCAAAGGCAGACGCCUAGCAAAAGAAAAGAUGUUAGUGAGGACACAGUCGCACCGCAGGAAGCUUCACAGGCAGGAACCAUGUUGCAAGAUUAUUCCAUUUCAACAUUCGGGCUCCUGUGCCUGUUGUCUUGGUGGGCGGCGCACGGCCCGAGAGCGACUACAACCUGGAAUUUGGAGGCGUCUGAAUUUUGCCAGCGAUGUCGUUCCAUUAUCUCUGGUCUUGCUUCCUUGUUUGUCCAACAAGGGACAAAGAAGCACUCCAAGGUAGUCUCUGGCUUCGAUUUGCUCUUGUCAAGUCAUGCUUCUGGACAUGGGCUUUUGCAUGUGGCCAACCUGCUUGAUUCAGAGAAGGGCAGCAACCUCAAGAAAACUUUUGCCGGCAAGAACACGGUGCCUCUGGACGAAGCCUUCUUGCAGUUGGCCUCUGACAGUGGUGCAAAAGGGUUGGGAACGAAGCGGCGUGAUGCUGCGACAGAAGCACAUGCCAACUUGUGUUGGUUUGUGGCGGAACUGGUUGAGGCAAGUGGUGCUCGGAAAGAUUCUGUAUGGCAGCGAACCCAGUUGCAUCAGCUUGAUCAGUUGAGGACGCAGCGCUUCGUGUUCAUGAUGGGUGGCUGUGGGAAUCGGGUGACAGCACGCGGAUAUCGGAAGUCUAGUCAUGGCUUCAAGAACGCAAUUGUUCAGGCAACAGGGCAGGCACACAUGAGGAGUAUUUCCACGGUCUUAGCAAGCCAAGCUGUGAUGACUGGCGAAGGGCCGGUGAGUGAUCGCGCUGUGCGCGCUGCAGCACGAAACCCAGAUCAGUACAUGCGGUGCGAACGGUAUGGCUAUUUGACUUCUGCCCGCAAGGCCUUCAAGGACCAGCGCAUCGUCUCUCUUUGCGCAGAUGGCGUGCAUGUUGGUGAUGAAGAUUGGCUGAAUGUCGCCAUGUGGUUGCUCAUCCAAUGUUCACGUUUGUUGGUGCAUCCAAAGGCAAUGGCAGCUUUCAUUAACUACUCAGAACGUGUGAACCGAAAUGGCUCCCUGUUAGGGCAGCAGCUUCUUGUCGGACACCCCUUCACGACGCCAGUGUACCGCUGGAUUUUGCGUUCCCUCUCCAGUUGUGAUUUCGAAGUGGUGCCAGAGAUGGUGUUAAGCUAUCUCCAUAUGUGGUGGGGGUCCUUGUUGAAUUCAAAACUUGUAGAAGAUGCCAAUCAAUUGCAGAGAACAGAGGAAUUGCGGUGUGUGGCCUCCAAAAGGGUCUCGUGCCAGCAAGGAUGGUAUACCCUGACACAGCAUCAGCUUCUCCGCAAGAAUGAACGCACAGAGGUACAAGCACAGAGUGAUGUGAGAAUGGAAUCAGAUUUCAACUUUGAAGCGUUGUUCCGCUUCACGCAAAAACGAGAAAUGGAUGUUGAAGAAAGUGCUGAUUUUCGUUUCUUGCAAGACAUCACCAAAGACAUCACUUGGCCUAGCUUCACUCCUGCAAGCGCGCAAGAAUGUCUGAGCAAUUUCGCCUUGCUUGGCAAAAUAUGUCAGGAAGAGCCAGUCGAUUGGGGAAAGGUUGGGAGCUCACAAUGGGCAUCUUUCCUGCCGCCAGGCCACGUUAUUGUGCAACAAGGUUGUCCUGCACUGGUGCUUCGGGCUUACCGCAGAGCGUGUUUGGUGUGGCCUCUCGAAAGAGGCCCCUUGAGGUCUGUGAAGUUCCUGAACGUGGCAAGCCUAAGCUGGGCUUUUUGCUUUGAUGUGGCAGAAGUUCAAAUAGAAACUGUGACAGCCCGAUCUCCUCUUGCCAUGAUGGGCACGGAAUUGGAAAACCACGGCAUAGUGUUGGAAACCGGAACUUCGACUGGGCUUUGGGAGUGGCACGUAGAGCAUGGUUUUCCCGGUGUGCGAGAAGAUGCUUUGCGCUUUUUGUGUGCAAAAUAUGGCAUUGACUUGUCAGAGGAGCAGGGCGAAGAUGCAGAACUUCAUUUGGUAGUCCGGUGUAUGCUACACUUCGACCCAACACUGACGCAGGCAGAGGUGACAGAACGCGUGCUUCAGCGUGCUGAACUGCAAGUUGAAUCUUUGGAAACAACAGAGGGGGAAAUCUCGGAGGCGGUUCAAGACACCUUGCUGCCUGGUGAACAACGGAAGGUCGUCGACAUAGUGACUACACAUGUGGCAAAGCGAAAGGACAGUGGUGCUGUGAUCAAACGAGCUGAAGAAUCAUAUUCCCGAACCAUGAAAUUGCUUCCGCCCAACGAGGGGGCAGAGAAAGUUCGAAGGCAAAAGGAAAAAGCAGAGACCGAAGCCUUGAAGUGUCAGCAGCGCAUCUACGCGCGAAGAACCUCCUCAGCCCAUGAGGCGUUGCAAAAGUCAUUGCCAAUUGGCGCUCGCGCGUACGCUGACGAUUUGAAUGGCAGAUGGAGAUUAUCUUUUCGAGGACACACCAAGUCAAUUUCUUGGACCGCUGCAGGAGCAGAAAAAGCUGCUGCUGCAGCAAUCAGACAGGUUUGGGCCUGGAGUGUUCAACAAGGAACGGGGGACACCCCGGCAGCAGUGUUGAAAACACUGGCAGAACUUGACCGCUCCUCCAAGUGA